CAAUUAUUGCUUAAAUCUUUGUUAAGACAUUCUAGAUUUGCUAAUGUUAGUAGGAAAUAUGGUUCUUGAUGCUAGCGCAAACUUUGUUCAUUGUCUUCAAGACUUGUUUGUCUUCCGCCUUCCAGAAACUUAUAGGAGAAAAAAAACAAAAAGGAUAGCGGGAUUUCAUGAGUUGAGGAUGAGCAGUUGGCAGUAGUUGAUUUUGUUUUCCACUGUGACUCUUCCGUGGUACCUUGUAUUUGUAGACUAAUUGGUUAUUUUUCCAUGUCUACUUGCACUUCUAUCCUCCCUCCAUCCCUCAAUGGAUUGUCCAUCUGAUUUUUCAUGGUCUCCAAGAUACACCUUUGACCAUUAGUAUUUUUAUUUAUGUAUUGAUAAAAAUCAUAAAAGUUCAUGAUAUUUUAAGAGUACACAUUGAGACGAAUUUGAAAAGAUCCUAUGCGGUUUUUUUUUUCCGUACAUACUGCCUACUGGUGAGAGUUUCUGGUCAACUUGUGAAGUUUCAACUGUGGCAAAUUGGCUAUCUUUGGGGGACAGAGGAAUCUAUGAUUAAUAUUUCCAUGUCUAUAUUCUCCUCUAUAUAGCUUUUGCUAAUCCUUUUUUACCUGUGCUGCAGUGCUACUCUUGAGAGAAUUUGAGCUGAUUGUUGGCCUUGAGGUUUGCAGGAUGGCUACUGGACCUGGACUUGAGCCUCUUGUAGAUCGUAGAAAUGAUUUCAGUUAUUACCAAUGAUGGACGCAACAUAGUGGGAAUCCUAAAAGGUUUUGACCAGGCAACAAAUAUAAUUCUUGAUGAAUCACAUGAGAGGGUUUUUUCUACCAAGGAAGGAGUCCAACAAAUUGUAUUGGGUUUGUACAUCAUCAGGGGUGACAAUAUAGGCGUUAUCGGUGAGCUGGAUGAAGACUUGGAUGCUCAUAUUGAGCUACCGCAGCUAAGGGGCCAUCCUCUGAAGCCUGUCAUUCACUGAUCAGCAGUGUGUUUUUCUCUAGGCUGCAUAGCUGAAAUCAUGGGUUUAUAGUGCUCCAGGAGACUUUAUGUUAAGGGCGUGUUUCUGAAGUUAUGGAUUGGUAUAGCAUAUAAGCUCAAUCAAAAAAGGGGCAUUUUGGAUAACUAAACUUUUGAUUUGAAUCAAGGAUUAUGUUCUCAUUCUCAUUAAACUUUUCGUGUAGUACAAGUCCAACAUUUGUGCGCAGAAGAUUGAUGGCGUUACCAUCUACGUAACUAAGAUGUAGGGAGUUUCAUGUAAUGAAUACUGAACAUAGCUGAUUGAGCAUCAAGUAUGAGCUUGCUUUGUUUUCCA